AUGAGUUUGAGAAUUUUAUACUUGUUCUUUCAGUUUUUGUUGGAAACCCUAGCUGCUACUGGAAUUGGAGAGAUGGAUCGGAUUUCACACCUUCCUGAAUCUAUUGUCCAUCACAUACUCUCCUUUCUUAAGAAAACUCCUGCAGAGCUUGUUCGAAUGAGUGUAUUGUCCAAGUCCUGGUUUAAUCUAACCGCCUCUUUCCCCUGUUUAGAUUUCAAUAUCGAUUGUUUUAGCACUCGAGAAAGUUUUUUCAAGUAUGUUGAGUAUACCACCUCUAGAUUUUGCCAUCAUAAUCUCACUGCACACAAGUUAUUGCUCUAUACAGAAAUCCAGGAGCCUGCAGAGUUAGAUGUUGUUAACAGAUGCCUUGAAUUAGUUCUUAAGAAUGGCGUCAGAGAGUUGGUGAUAAGUUUUACCUACUCAUCAUUAGAUUUUCCAAAGUACCGUUUGCCUAACAUACUCUUAUCUGUUUCCGUAUUAGAAUCUUUGACCAUACUUGGCUGUGACUUGCCUUCUUCAUUUAUGCUUGAUGCUAUCAACUUUAAAUCUUUGAUCCAGUUGGAACUUACAUUGGUCCCCUUAAAUGAUGAAGUGAUCACGUAUCUCGCCACUAGUUGUCCUCUUCUACAAGUACUCGAUAUUGGCAUUUGUAGUGGUUUUAAAAAAGUUUGUGUUUAUGGCCAUCAACAUCUUCAAGAACUUAGAAUUACAUAUGACACUCCACUUGAGAGAAUAGAUAUCGAAGCUCCAAAUCUAUCUAGUCUUAGGAUAGAAGAUGACGAUGAUAUAGGGGCACCACAAAUGAACUUGGCUUUAUGCAAAAACCUAACAACAGUGUCUUACUUUGGGUAUCUUUCACCAAACUUGAGUUUUACUGACUUUGUAUCCAGUUUCCCCUUCGUUGAAAAUUUGUAUUUGGCUAUUCAUUAA